GUGGUUUUUUUGUUGUUAAGAAAAAAUAAAUAAAAAAGAGCACAAUUCUUUUUAAUUAUAGUAGUAAACUUUCUUUAAAUAAUUCUAAGAAUGAAAUUGGUUAUAGUUUUAUGCGUUCUAUGUUGCCUACUAUGGGAAUGUCAAUCAUCACCAGUUCAACUAGUAGAGAAUCAUGAAUUGAUUACUAAAGGGAAAUCACAUGAUGUUGCCAGACAAAGUGGUGGUACCGUAGCUGCAUCAUCAUCUGAUGAUGAUGACGAUGACGAUGACGACGAUGAAGAUGAUUUAGAAGCACUUGUUGAUGAUGAUGAUGACGAUGAUGAUGAUGAUGAUUCAGAUGAGCAACAAAAUGCAGUACGAGAUUCGCCAGCUGCUGAAGCACAACAAGUAGCAGCUAGCGCUGUACAAGGUGCUUCCUCAUCAACAUCUGACGACGAUGAUGAUGAUGAUGACGAUGAUGAUGAUUAUUUGGAAAGAUUAUUUGAUGAUAUUCUUGAUGAUGAUGAUGACGAUGAUGAUGAUGAUUCUGUUGCACAAUCAGUAUCAAAGCCAGUUGUACAAGCAGCCCAAACAGCCGUUCAAAAUGUUGCGAUACCACCAGCCCCAGCAGUAAGUGAGAUAGCAGAGGGAAUCCCCGUUGGACAAUCAGCUGAUUACCCGUCUGAAGGUGAACAACCUGUUUUUUAUGAUGAAUCUGAGAAUACCGGCAUUGAUACCAAAAUUGAUACCCAAUCCUUAAAUAAACCUUCCGCAGAAGCUGCUGGAACAUCACAAGGCGGUGUUUUAUCGGAUAAUGUACCAACAGGUGAUAAUAGUUUGAAAUUACAACAACAACAAUCACAACAAACAGUAUCGGCAAGUUCUAAUAUAAUACCAGCUGCAAAUCCAGCUGUUAAUGAAAUUAGUAAUAAUGAUUCUGAUAAUGAUGAUGAUGACGAUGAUGAAGAAGAUGAAAUUGCAGGUGCACUAACAGGUGAUGACGAUGAUGAUGAUGAUGACGAUGAUGACGAUGAAUUAAUUGGUGAAGAUGUUAUUGAAGCAAGACAUACACGUGAGUCCAAAUCUAAGAAAUUACUACAUCAAUCAGCCAAAAAAUCAUUGAACAAAAAAGGGAGUUCAGUUCCUGAACAAAAAAUGUCGGAACCAAUGCAAGAAAUAAUAAUUGAUAGAUAUAAUGGUUUUGUUGAUAACAUUUUUGAUAGCAUUAAUAAAAUUCUUCGUUCAUCUUUUGAUCCAGUAAGAGUUCGUUUAACAGGAAAGAAAAGACGUUCAAAUGAUUCAAAAUCUAAAGGUGUACAUGAGCAGAAUUCGUCUAAAUUAAAUGUCAAUAAUUUGAAUGAUGAACGUGAUGACAUCAAUAAUAAUCAAUCAGAAGGAGUUCAAAGUAAAAUGAUUGAAUCGUCAGUUCCAACUACUGGUACUUUCAAAUCAUCCGGUUCAAAUAAAAUUCAAAAUCAAUUACAAUCACAACAUCGUUUACAACAAUAUAAACAAAAACCAACAUCAAUUACAACAGCAAAUACACACUCUAUAUCCUCAUCUCCAACAGUAAAACAAAAAACAAAACAAGCAUCCGGUACACAUUCUGGAUUUCAAUCAAAUGAUGAAAAACCUAAAAGAGCACAUGGAAUUUUAUAUGGUAUGGCAUCAUUAAAACGUGUUGGUAAUGUUAAAGUAACACCAGAAACAACAAUAGAUGGUGCUGGUAAAAAUUCAACGAUUAAAGCACGUUUUACAUUGGGUCCAUUAACAUUACGUGUUGAAAAAUCAUUUAAACGUGGAUCAAAUCGUACAAUACGUAGUGCAACAGCAAAAACAAAUGAAUUGAUUGGUAGAAUAACAUUGAGAGUUAUUAAUGGUUCAGCAACAUUACAAGCUAUUAAAGUGCAACAACCAAAGCAGGUUCGUGUAGAAAGUUCCGACAAUCAUGAACGUACACGUGAAUUCAUUUGGAAACGUACACCACAGAUAGCACAUUUAGUUUCAGAACAAUUAACAAUUGCAACUGAAUCUUUGUUGCAACCAACAACUGGUACAAAAAUUGAACAUAUUUAA